GUCUCAGCAUCAGUGCAUUUGGCGCGAGAUGGUCGACGAACUUUCGCUGAGGGCUUCAACUCCAGAGGACUGGUCCGAGCUGGAACUUGAAUUCGAAGAUGCAAACGACUUUUUCGAGAAUGACACAGGAGAUGUGGAACAGAAGCAAGAAGAAGUUCCACAAAAGGAAAACCUGCAGAAACCCACUGUCGAGCAGUGCACCCUGGAUUACGGCAGAGAGCUAGAACGACAAAUCGACAAGAUCCAGCAGGAGCCGCGUCCACCUUUCGAGACAGUGAAACAUCUUCAGGAAAGACUUGAACGGGAAAAUGAGCUGUACAGAAAGCAGUUUGCUUGGCAAAUGGAAAACAUGAUUCGCUUUACUACAAACGCACAGUGACAAUCACAACGGGAUCCAACAAUUGAUUCAUAUUCCUAAUACAACUAUGUAUUUCACCUCUUCCUUUUGUGUCUUUUUCAGCUAUUUUCCAACAAUUAUCCUUUUUUUGCUCUUACAAUCAACAUUAAUCACUUUCGUUAUCUGUUAUUCUAUUCCAUGUUAUUUUGUCAAUUAUCUUGCUCCUAUGAUCUUUAUAUUACUGGUACUAUUAUAAGUUUGCUGU